CUUGCUUACAUUCCAUUGUUGAAACGUCACUGCGUUUAGUCGUUUAAUUUGACAGUUGAACUCCAGUCGAAAUAAAUACAAUGGCUAAUUACACCGAAGAUCAGAUGGCCGAAUUCCAAGAGGCUUUCCAGCUUUUCGACAAUCGUGGGGAUGGCAAAAUUCAUGUGGGUCAGAUCGGAGAUGCUUUAAGGGCUUUAGGACAAAAUCCUACCGAGUCGGAUGUGAAAAAAUACACCCAUCAACAUAAACCUGAUGAAAGAGUUUCAUUUGAAGUAUUUUUACCAAUUUACCAGCAAAUUUCCAAAACAAGAAGUGCUGAUACAGCAGAAGACUUUAUCGAAGGUCUCCGUCAUUUUGAUAAAGAUGGAAAUGGUUACAUAAGUUCAGCAGAAUUGCGUCACUUGUUAACCACAUUAGGAGAAAAACUUACUGAUGAUGAGGUUGAGCAACUCCUUCAAGGCCAAGAAGACUCCCAAGGCAAUGUAAAUUAUGAGGAGUUUGUAAAACUAAUUAUGUCGGGUUAAGAUUGUGUUACAUCUAAUAUUAUUAUUAUUAAUUUCCUCCAAGCAUUUAUCUAUUAUUUAUUUAGGUAUGUAAAUUUUAUAUUUCAUGUUUUUUCUAAUUUAAUAUUUUAUAUAGUGCCUUCUUCAUUCCAUGUCUACCUAGCAUUUGGCCAUUUUUUACCAUUGUAUUUAUAUGUAUAAAUUUUUGUAUUUGAGUAAAUUCCAAUUAAUUAUGAAUAUAAAUAAAUAUCAAUAAAG